AUAACAAAGCUGUUUGGGUCUCACCAACAAUGGCGGAAAAUCUGAAAUAACAAUCCGUGGACUUGGCACUACACAGAAUAUCCAUCACGUAACCCACUGCUGCAUUCAGAAUGUCGGGGAAGUCAGCUAAACUUGCUGAAGUCACAUCAGCUAGGAUCCGGUUUGGUGUGACACUACAGAGUUUAGUUGACAAAAAGGGGGAUGGAAAUCUGUCAAGUGAUGAAGAGGAUGGUGGAACUCAUACAGAAAUGCUGCAGAGUGAGCCUGCUAUCAUUUUGUCACCAACUAAGCGCAGUACAGCCAAAAUUAGCCGAAAGAGGAAAAGGAAAGAUGAAGAAUUGACGGAUGGAAGCCAGUAUCAUCAUACUUAUGUGAUGAAGCUAUUUGACCGUAGUGUAGACCUGGCUCAGUUUGAUGAGGAAGCUGCACUCUAUCCUGUAUGUAGGGCUUGGCUCAAAAACCAGCCUCACAACAGAUCCUUAGGGACAAGGGAGAGAACUCCAACACCUGAUCCAGAACCACCCACGAACAGUGAAGAGGAGGAGGAUAUAUUUCCUGAUGUGUUCAAACUACCAGACCCUAUCAAAGCUGAUCCCGAUGUUGUACAAGAUUAUCGUAUUCCCAUGCCAGUACCCCAGCCUGAAGAGGAACUCGACAUCAAUGCGGACCAGGACAUGGCCCCUCCUCCUGAACACCUGUUACUUAGUCAUAUGGACCGAUGGAGAUUGAUUCGGCAGUCAUGGCGUGAUGCUGGAUUAAUGAAUGAGCUGAGAUUCUCCGACAGUAUGAAUGUUCUACGCGAGAUGUUUGAUCAGCAAAUGAAGGAAUCUCCCUGACGAGGCAUGAGAUUGGACUAAUUCAAUACAUGCUAUAGUGAAUUGAGGAUUCCAUGGAAAACAUGUUCUGGUAUUUGUCAUUCAGUUGGAGGCAUACCUUGACAUAGUUCAGAUUCGUAAAAUUUCAAAUGAAAGAAUGACAUUUCUGUUUACUAUUUCCUGCCUCAAAGUUACCAAACUUUGUUAUCCUAAACCAAAAUAGACCAUGGCUAAUGGAUGAUAUCUUAUGUAGGCAUAACAAUUUUAUCAUUGGACAUUUUUUUUUAAGAACAAUACUCUAUUCUUGUAUUAAUCUACCUCUGAUGAUAGAUGUUAAAAUCAUAUUGGUUAAUAAACUGUAUUUGUAAUUUAAAAUAUAUAAACCACUUCAUUAUUCUGGACAAGUAUUCAUUUACCUAUAGGUGGUUAAUUCAAAUAUUUCAGUCUCUUUGUCCCCAGCACCGAUAGUAGAAUUUAAAAUCAUAAUUGAUGAAUAAAUUGUAUUUGUAAUUUAAAAUAAAUUGAGUGAAUAAUACAAUUAAAUUUGUACAUUAGCAAUUUUUUAUUUGUACAGUA